GUUUUAGGCAGUCGGUGAGCUCGUUCGAAGGUGGUUCGAAGAUUGCAGAGCGUGUCUGAGGAAAGUACAGAAUGAUACUUUGUGGCGGAAAGUUUCUGGUGGACGUCGAUGCAUGGUUAGAGCUCCGAAAGAGCGGCAGUUUCUACGAUCUGAACGACUCUAUCAACUACGCGGAUCUUUUCAGUGCGUGCGGACUGUUCUACCACUACUGAUUGCACCGCAGAGCUCACAACUCGGUUUGCGGCCCUGGAGGUCCUGCGGGAGAGUAUCAUCGUUGCUCUGAACUUCAACUACAUUACGGUUUGUAGAAGUCAAGGACUGUGACGCAUUAGCUAUAAUUUCUCAAUCAGUGGUGAAUAAUUAUUCCUCCUCUAUUUACUUCGCCUCCCUCGGUGCCCGUUGUCCGCUGCCGAUGCACUAGUAAACCUGAUUGGAGUUUCAGGUCCUGUUCUGUAUUCCGAGCUAUGUGACACUGGAUCCGCUUUACAGUAUGCUGCGAAUCUGAAACUCCAGUGUACGUGUUGUGCCACACCUGUAGGGAGUCGAAUCUCCAUUUGUCAUAAAUCCCCACCGCUACCCACGGAACGCAGUUCGCAGUCAGUGUUUGCACAACUUCGAGCGGAGGAAGAGAGUAAUUACAGUGGCCAACGCUAGAGUGUUCUAGGUCCAGCAUGUCGGCAAAGCUAUACAGGUGAUACGUUAGAAAUUGAACUACUGCCACACCAAAGUCGAGACAAGGCAGUGGGACUAUAUAUACGAUGUGAAGUGUAGCUCGUGGGGUAUAAUGUCCUAGUACGAAACAAUAUAGUGUAAGUGAUGUGAUAGGGCUUGCUCACGGGCGGAUUCAACACAAGACACAUGGUCAUGAUGAAAGGAACACAAGUACUUGUGUAGGGCAGAUUAGCGGCUUCCUUGUGACAAAUGCACUUUAGUGGUGGUGUUUACGGUGGUCUGUGACAGAGGUAGCAGCAGAGAAUACAGAAGGAGUGGUGGAGCUCGUGAAUACGUCUACUGUACCUAUUGGAGAUUGACCAUCCUCUGAUUUCUGGGAGCCCAAAUUCUUCAAGACGUACUGAUUCAAAAGUCAGGUACUCGGUCCCACCACUUAUCAACAGGGUGGUCGGCUGCGAGGGCUUCACUUUCUCGAAGGUGCUCGUCUUCAGUUCUUAAAUGCUUGGAUACUACUCUCAGGUUAUGAGAGAUCGUUGAAUACGUCACCUGGAGAUUCCAUUCACAGGUUGUGGAAGUACAUGGUUUCAUACGGGGGAGGUCAGAGGUUUCUCAGGCUUCGUUACUUGUUGAAACCAUGACACUUUACUGUAGAGUCAAAGUCUUGGUACGUGCAACUUACACUUGGCUAUUUGAGCGAGUCGAGUUUACUGUUUACUCUAAACUUCCGAUUCUGAUCUCAUUUGACCUAGUAUCAGUAUGUUUGGGAGUCCUUCGGGAAAUCUAUUUGUUGUUUUGAAAAGAAACGAGUACUGAAAAUACAGUAUUACAUACAUACAGUAUUUUCAAUACAACUCCUAGCAUUUCUGGAUCCGAAUGUUUAUAUUUAAUUGGUAGAUUGCCACGAAAAGUAGCCAUCAUUGGCUAGCUGUUGAGCCAAGGAUAGUAAGUGAGAACACCUAGUUAAAAUCUACUGUUACUCAAAUCUACACUUCCAUGACUAUAAGAUUGUUGCCUGCAGUAGAGCGUUGAAAAUAAAUGUCCGUAAUUUAGGAUUCAGGAGUACUAUAUACACCUGGUUCGUUUAGCUUGAAGACACUACAGAGUUUUUCUGAUCAAAUUUCCGAAGAGUGGAAAGAUUAUCACUAAGUUGAGGAACAAAGAGGAUGGGUCGAAGGUGAAGGUCACUACCACUCUCAGGGUGAAGAAGCGGAUCAAGAGGUUGAAACCUGCUGUUAUUUUUAACAGCGUGUAGUUGAUUUACAUAUUGUGGCUUUUGAGUCAUUGGCAAGGUUACAUUUUUGGAGGACUUCAAAAACUGAAUCGGUGGAUGAGUCAAGAUCAAGUUCUAGGAUAUAAACCAAAACCUUUAGAUGGAUCAGGAAAGGGUUUACAGUAAGAAAGGGCUUUGAAUAAGGGCCACACUAUCAUAUAGUUGGAGCCUGAACCUGGUCGUAUCAGAGUGUGGCCAACUUGUUUGCAAGUGACUUCAUCUUUUCCUUCUUCUUAGCCCUUUUAUUUUAUUGUAUCAGUUUUUAGUGAUAAAAUACAGCAGUGCUAAGUUUGCAGUAGAAAAUUUCGAUUUCACUAGUUAAAGUGAAUUUGUUUAUGCCAAAAUCUUUGAAACUAUUAAACCCUUUUAAUAGUUUUAUAGUUAAACAGUUUUCAGUUUUCCCUUCAGAUUUAGUUUACAGAUUCUCUGUAAAAACAAAUAUCCUUGUACACAGUGAAGUGUUAACUAUAAAGGGAAAAUGCCGCUUGGAGAAAAAGCGGAUGACAGUGAUAUACAAGAAAUCCAGACAGUGGAAGUCGUCAGUAGCGAGGAACGUGAUCAGGAGCAAGAGGUGACGGUGCAGCCUCAAGUAGAAGAGAAUCCGGUAAACACUGUUGUGGCAGAAGAAAAAGAUUCCGGGUUAGAUUGGGACGAGGCACUAGCCGUAGAGAAACUUCUAGAGGAAUCCGGCCUAGAGUAUAGGGUAUGUGAAGAUGAGUUACUAGACCUUCCACAGGAUAUUGCUGACCAUUUGAGAGAUGUUCAGUAUGUUCAAGAUUGUCUUUCAAAAGAAAUUCUUGUACUAGAGAAAUUUCUUGAUAGUCUCCCAAAGGAUUGAUAGCAAUUACUUGUAGCGUUUAGAUAGGAGUUCCUGAAGAGAUCGGGAGUUUGCACCCGGUUUCACUACCUGUGACGUGAUGUUUUGAAAGCAUUGUAAAUAUAUAUAUGACGUAGUCAAUAUAUUGAGCUUUCAGGGUGUAGUGUGUUUGUUGAGGGGCAGUGUGACCCCUGUGU